AUGGCCGUCCCGCCGCCCGACGACGCCUCGCCGGAGGUGCUAAACACACUGUUUGACCACCUGGGCGUGAUUGGUCGCGGCCUGCCGCCUCCAGUCAUGCUGCCCUUCAUUCAGCACCAUCUGUCGGCCGCGCUUGAGACUACCACUUCGGCCCGCCGUGCGCUGGCUGCCAUACGGGCGGCGCUAAGGGACGAAAGGCUGCACGAAGCUAACCGGACCACCAUAGGCAACGUCAUCGAGACAUUGCUUGAGGAAGUCAGCCCGGACCAGACUGAGAUAUUCGCCGCCUUUUUGGAUUGCAUCUCAGAAUUGCCCACCUCUAACCUGGAGCGCCUCAGCUCUCCGUCGCUCUGGUGGACGGUGGAGAAGGCCAAGCUUGUCGUGGCGGCCGAGGUGCGGAGCCACAUGUCUUCCCUGGGCGACGGUGACCGGCCCAUGGUGUGGAUGAACGAAAUCAUCGACGUGGCGGGCAGCACUGGACUGGGACCAGCCGUGCACGGCGCCGUGUGCCGCGCCCUGGCCGCUGUCAGCGGCCAUGCCUCCAACCCCGACUGGCUGGUCGAGCUGAUGGGCCAAAUGCGCGCCGUUCAAACCGGCAAGGCGACGUCGGACGCGCCGGCCGACCAGGUGCUGGCCUGGUUGGCGGACGUGCUGGUGAGCGCACUGCUGCUGUGGUCGCCGCUGGCGCUGGUCGCUGGUCCGGUGCCGCCGGCCGACGCCCGGGCGCAGUGGGACCGACUGCUGCCGGCUGCAGCGCGGCUGCUGCUGGAGCUGCCGCCGUGGAAGCCUCUGCGAGCGCAGAUAUGCGGCUGGCUGCAACGUCUGCAGGAGGACACAGUCCUCGCCGAUCGACUGCGCCUGCCGCUGCUGCUGUCGGAAAUAUGA